UUUGCAGACCAUCUUGCCUCUAUUUACGGAACUGAAAAGGACAAAGUCAACUGUAGUUUCUAUUUCAAGAUUGGUGCUUGCAGACAUGGAGAUAGAUGCUCCCGAAAGCAUGUUAAACCCAACUUUUCCCAAACACUCUUGAUUCCAAACUUGUAUUUAAACCCAGCCCAUAACCCAGGAUGCACAAUGACUCCUGAUGAGAUCCAAGAAAACUUUGACUUGCUGUUUGAAGACUUGUUUAUGGAGCUUGCUAAAUAUGGCGAAUUGGAGGACAUGAAUAUUUGCGACAAUGUUGGCGAUCACUUGAUUGGAAAUGUCUACGCUAGAUUCAAGUAUGAAGAAGAUGCAGGCAAUGCAGUCGAGUCUUUGAAUAACAGAUUCUAUGCUGGACGUCCGCUUUAUGCAGAGCUAUCACCUGUGACUGAUUUCGGUGAAGCUUGCUGUCGACAAUACGAACUCGGUGAAUGCACUCGUGGAGGGUUCUGCAACUUUAUGCAUAUUAAGAAACCAUCCAAAGCCAUGAUCAAGGACAUGUACAAGGCACAGAGAUUGUCCAUCAAAAUUCUGAAGCCUCGUGGAGAUGAAGAUGAUGGACGAUCUCGAUCUCACUCACGAGAACGCUAUCGUGAUCGACCUCGGGAAGGCCGUGAGAGAGAUGGCUAUCGCGAAAGAGGUGGCCGUGAAAGGGAUGAUCGUCGUUACAGAGAUUAUGACACUCGAUGA